AUGGGGGACGAGGCUAAUUCUUGGUUACGAAGAACAAAAUUUUCUCACACCGUCUAUUAUCGGUUGGAUGCAACAAGAUUGGCCUCUGUUCCUUUCACGAUUCAGCCAAACAGAAUUUCGGGUAUGAAAUUGAGACCUGGAACAGCUUUUGUUAAUGUAAAACCAGGCCCCACUAGUGUGCAGAUUCAGCAAAAUCCUACCACAAGCAAGCAGAGGGCGGUAUCACCUCUACCAGCAACCAAGCUUUCUGAUACAUUUAAGGAGGCUAGGUCAGAUCGGAAGAGAUUUUCAACUCCACAUCCUAGAAGAAAAGAACCAGAGAAGGGAAUUGGAGGCAAGUUGUUUCACAAAGAUUCAGAAGAAACCAAAGCAACUGACUCACAGUCACCCUUGAAUACGCACCCGCUUAGGCACUUCUCUUCGAUGAAAUUUACCGAUAAAUCAAGGAGCUGGAAGGAGUCUGCAUGGACAAAGUAUUUUGACCAUAAUGGGGGAAGGGUUACCUCGGUGGAAACAGAAGAUGAGUAUAGGGUCGAUUUGUCAAAGCUGUUUCUUGGCCUUAGAUUUGCUCAUGGAGCACAUAGUCAGCUUUACCAUGGGAUAUAUAAGGAUGAACCUGUUGCCGUGAAAAUUAUCAGGGUGCCGGAUGAUGACGAAAAUGAAGCCCUAGCAGCAAGGUUGGAGAAGCAAUUCAAUAGGGAAGUCACUCUCUUGUCUCGUCUCCACCAUCAAAAUGUCAUAAAGUUUGUAGCAGCGUGCAGGAAGCCACCAGUUUUUUGCAUCAUCACAGAAUAUCUCUCCGAGGGUUCUUUGAGGGCAUAUCUUCACAAGCUUGAGGACAAAUCUCUUCCCUUACAGAAGCUGAUCACAAUGGCUCUGGAUAUUGCUCGAGGAAUGGAAUACAUUCACUCACAAGGCAUUAUUCAUAGGGACCUCAAACCUGAGAAUAUACUGAUUAAUCAAGAUUUUCAACUGAAAAUUGCUGAUUUUGGAAUAGCUUGUGAGCAGGCAUAUUGUGAUGUUCUGGCAGAUGACCCAGGAACUUACCGUUGGAUGGCACCCGAGAUGAUCAAACGCAAGUCCUAUGGUCGGAAGGUUGAUGUAUAUGGCUUUGGACUCAUUUUAUGGGAAAUGAUGGCUGGAACUAUCCCUUAUGAGGAUAUGACACCCGUACAAGCUGCUUUUGCUGUAGUCAACAAGAACCUGAGACCAGCUGUCCCUGGGAACUGCCCUGCUGCCAUGAGAACUCUAAUUGAGCAAUGUUGGUCUUUGCAACUAGAGAAGAGGCCUGAGUUUUGGCAGGUGGUAAAGGUAUUAGAGCAGCUCAAGUCUUCACUUGCCCACGAUGGAACCCUAAAUCUGCAUCACCAGGUCACAAUGUAA